AUGACCGAGCCGAGUGCGUUGGAUAAUGUGACCAACAAUCUGUUUAAUCGUUGUCGCCUAUUCAUUGAACAGGCCCAAGCUGGCAUAUUGACCGAUCCAGAUGCGAUCUCAUUGUGCUUGCCUUCACAGUACAAAAUCUGGGAGGCUAUUCUCAUCGGAUUGGUUCUCACCAUGUUAACAGUUGCAACAGCUGGCGGUAAUCUGCUGAUCGGAUUAGCAAUCCUGCUCGUAAGACGAUUACGCAAUCCGGCGAAUUUGUUACUGUUAAAUUUGGCGCUAUCCGAUUUCAUGAUCAGCUUAUUGGUACUGCCGUUUGCCGUUAUUUAUCAGCUGACUGGAUAUUGGCCAUUUGAUCAGAACGUGUGCGAUGUAUAUAUUGUUUGCGAUGUGCUCCUUUGUACCGCUUCCAUCCUGAGUUUGUGUGCAAUUUCAGUGGAUCGAUAUUUGGCGAUCACGCGACCACUGACCUAUGCAUCAAAACGUACGACAAGUCGAAUGAUAUUCAUGAUAGGUACAUGUUGGCUUUUGGCCGGAUUAAUCAGCGUUCCCCCAGUGUUUAUUUUUGAAAAACCCAAACUACUGUUCCACUGUGGAUACAGUGAAGAUUUGACUUAUCAGAUCUAUGCCACAUUCAGUGCGUUCUACAUUCCUUUGUUUAUUAUGCUGGUCCUGUACGGUAGAAUCUAUUUCAUAGUACGGAAAUUGGCUGUCACAAACAGUCGUGCAUCAUCUCAAUUGUGUGAAAAGUUGAAUUUGAGCGACAUUCCCGUCGAACGAUCAAAUGGUUUAGGAGGUCGCGGUGAACGAUUACCAUCAGCUGAAAUGGGUGGUGAGCAUUUGGCAUUAAAAACACCGUCUCAGAGCCCUUUGUGUGGUCGAACUUCAGCCAGGCUGGAAAGUAUAUGCGGUGAGGGAGGCGCAUGUGGUACACGUUCACAAAUCCACGAAAAUCCACGAACGAUUUCCAAUGACUUAGGACCAGCGAUGCGAUCGAACUCAAACAGAUUAAUACCACCGUUUGGUCUAACCAGUCUGCAAAUGCAGUCAUCUACGUUCUCGCGACUAUUAUCCAAGGGGUCAAGAAGAGAAUCGUUAUCGUCCGAACCGAUUCCACGAAAACGUGGCUUCGCGAACAGUUCGGAGAACGCAAAAGCUGUCAUCACUUUGGGUGUGAUUAUGGGAAGUUUCACUUUGUGUUGGCUACCCUUCUUCCUAUGUCAGCUGCUCACUCCAAUCUUGAAUGCUUUCCAUCUGUCCCUGAAUCAAAUUGUAUCGCUCCAGGUUUUUCAGUUUUUCCUCUGGUUAGGUUAUAUGAACAGUCUGCUCAACCCGAUAAUUUACGCGAAAUUCAAUCGAGAUUUCCGAUUGCCAUUCUGUUACAUACUGAAAUGUCAGUGCAAGGGUAUCAAUCAGCGCGUUCGUCGUUCUAGCUACGUAACUCAGUUCGAAGGCCAACGCUAUUCCCAUUCGAUUGCGAACGACAAACAGCGCCCGUCCGCGUCCCGAUACCCCCGGAGACCACAGUAUCGACUGUCUACUAACUCGGAAUUGGCCGUCAAUCGGGGAUCCAAUGCCAGAAUACAGAAUCUUUCCCACUUGUAA